GAAGCUGGUAAAGACGGCUCCCCAGGACCUCCAGGAGAGGCUGCUCAAACUGACUGGUGUCAUAGAGGAGCAGCUGAACAGCCAGCCUGGCCCCUGUGGAGGAUUCUCAGAUACCUACGCUGCUCUUUGUGAUUUGAAUGAAAUUCCAUUCAGAGAGGAGAUUCAGUGGGACAUCGACAACAUCUACUACACACACAACUGGAAAAAGUUCAACCUACAGGACUUUAGCCAUUUAGAAAGCAAAGACCUAGCUUUGGCUGUAGCAGCUUUGUCUUUCAACCAGUGGUUCACUAAGAUCUACUGCAAAGGACUCAAACUGUCAGUUGACGUCCAGCAGCAGCUGACAUUCCUGCUCUCCAAAUCUUCGACUCUGGAGGAACUCUCCCUGGAGGAAUGUGGGUUAAAAGUGGACUUUGCUGUGAAAAUGGCCACUGCCCUCCAUGAAGGCCCACCUUCUGCUCUGCAAGCCAUCAAUCUGUCGGGCAACUCGGUGGAAGACAAAGGUGUCAUCGCCCUCAGUCAGGAGAUCCAGCACCUGAAUGAGGGACUGCAGGUCCUCUCCCUGAGCCGGGUCUCCAUGAGCUCCAAAGGUACAAAUGCAGCCUGGAAAGUGCGGGAAGUGACCACGAGUGUCCAGGAGUUCUUCAGUCAGAGCUGUGAGCUGAGAUACGUGGGUCUGUCUGCAACCAAGCUGCCUCCACAGGCUCUCAGGUUAUUGCUGCAGGGUCUUGCCACCAACACGCAUCUCUGUGGAUUGGCGUUAGAUCUCAGCAGCUGUGAGCUGUGUUCGGCUGGGGCCCAGGUGAUACAGGAGCACAUCUCCGAGGCGACAGCAAUCAGAACCCUGGAUAUCUCUGACAACAGUUUUGAGAACGACAUGGUGACCCUGGUUCUGUCUGUGGGUCGAUGCAAGUCUCUUCGUCACCUUGCUCUUGGGAGGAACUUUGCCAUGAAGUCCAGAGCUCUCACCGACCUUCUUCAUCGCAUCGCCCAGCUCAUUCAGGAUGACGAGUGUGGCCACGCCACUUUGGCUGAGCUGGACAUCAGUGGGAACAACAUUGGAGACACUGGAGCCAAAAUGCUGGCCAAAGCCCUGAUGACCAACACCAAACUCAGGUCGUUGACAUGGGACAGAAACAAUGUGACUGCCAGAGGUUUUCAGGAUGUGGCCGAUGCCUUAGAGAGGAACUUUACGCUACAGGAGAUGUCUCUGCCCUUGGCUGAUAUCUCCCAGAGUUACCGCAGCAGCCCAGACAGAAUCAAAGACGCUCUGCACAAGAUCCAGCUGUGUUUAGACAGGAACAAGAUGAAACAUCCUGGAAGUGUGGAGCUUAAGCAACUCUUCAGGAGUCAACCGUCUGAAAAGCUGAUCCAGGGUAUGUGCCGCCAGCUGGAAGACAGUCUGCAGCGUAUAAGCCUCUGCAACGCUCAGCUAGUCCAGAACGACAUUAUGACUGCACACGAGGUGCUUCAAAAUGCCAGAGAGUCUCUGAAGCUGCUUCCGUCUCUCUGUGAAGAGAGCAGAAAGUCUGUUUCUGAUGGAGACUGGGUGAUGGAUAUCCUGUCUGAUACGACUUCGGCCCUAACUCAGGAAAUCACCAAAAACUUGCAGGAGUUUGGUCAAGGCCUGAUGGGAUAUGCAGAGACGGUGUGUCCACGGGUGGUUCAGCGCUCCAGUGUCUGCAAGAGUCUGUCAGAGUGCAUAUCCAAAAGAAGCAAACAGGCCGAAACGUUCCUGAAAAGCACUCUGGUGGAAACUGCAGGGCAAAAAAUCUCUUCGAGACUGAGUGAACUGAGACAAACGUUGGCUGUGACUCUGGCUGAGAGCAUGGUAGAGCAGGUGCUGCAGGAUCUGACAGCGGCACAGGACAAAAUGGACUGCCUAAUUAGUGAAAAUUCAUCCAGUGCUCAGAGAAUCAACAUCCCAGAGCUCCGACUGACUGACAGUGAUUUCCCAACCGAUGAUUACAGUCCAGCCUUCUGGAGGAACGGUUUGCUUUCUCAGAGCUUGAGGCCGGCCGCUUCCAUCAAAAUCAUGCAUGAUCAUAAGCCAGAUCCAGUGUCUGAGGACAAGAAAGACGGAAAUGAGGCGAUGGACAGAGUGGAUGAAGGAGUAGAGGAGUUCUUCACCAAGAAAAUCCUCCCUGACUAUGCACUAAAAGGCCGAUGGGAGGAGUCAAACUCUACCCAAGUCCCAGAAUCAAGCACCACCCCUCUUCCCUCUCCAUCUGACAUUACUUUAUCUACCACCACCAUCACCUCUCCCUCUGCUACAUCUACUGACACUUCCUUUCCAUCCCUUGAUGUUCACUCCCUUCCCUCAUCCACCACCUUUCCCUCCACCACUAGUUCCACCACCUCCGCAAUUCCUACAAAAAAUAUAAAGAAAAAGUUUGGUGAUUUCUUCGUCUUCAAGAGAGCUCGAGCAGGCCGAUCUGCCAAGACAGGCGGUGGGGAUGGAGGACAAGGAUCUGAGGUGGUCAAGGUCAAAAGGUCCUCCAUCGCAGAUCUCAUUCGACCCCUUCGGGAGACCAAAGACAGGGACAGAGAUAGGGAAAGGGAGAAGGAGAGGUGGAAGGUGUCAGAGGAGGAUGCUAACAUUUGUAAUGAUGCCACUACUACAGAAGGAACUGUCGCCCCCGGCUGCCAUCUUGCCGACGUUGUGAGGGAAACAGUACCCCCGGCUGAAUCAUUAAGCACAACACAAUCGAGCGGGACGACUCCCCCCUACCCCACCGUCGCAACAAGCCCUGGACUCACCACAGCUGUGCUAGCUGAACUGGAAGAAGCAGCAGCUCCUGUACCACCACCACGCCUCAGCCCAACUCCUGCCAUCUUUACAACACCGGCGGCGCCAGAGAGGCAACCAGGGGAUCCGUCAUGUGGGGAAAGGAGACUGAGGGUGACCAAAAGACUGAGAGAAAAUAAGAGCCAGAGUCUCAUCCUGCUGACAGGGAUAGAAGCGGAGGACAAAGAUAAUACACCCAAUAAGAAACAUGCAUCUGAGAGCACGCCUGGCUUUGAACAGAGGCUUCAGGUGAUGCUGCACAGAAUGGGAGUGACCAAAACUCCACCUGCUGAUACCAAGAUGUGCCAGAAUAAAGAUGAGGAGCUGAGAAAAGCCACCUCUGAAGGUGCUAUCCUGAACAAACCUGAACUACCUCCCAAAGACAUCAAGUCCCGAACGAUGUCAACCUCAUCAGCUGAGCCCAGGCAUCCUCUGAGGUUACAAGACCCCAACCGGCCGGUUCUGCUCUACCCAAAGCCCGCCCUUCCUGAGCGCCUGGUGCCCCCCCCUCCAGCCAGACCUUCUCUAGCAGUCAAACCUCCCCCACCCAUCCCAGCUGCUCGUCCCUCCUCUGCUCCUGCCCUCAGCAGCUCAUCAGAACAAAUCCAGCAACAGGAUGGCAGGCCAAUGGAAACCACACAGCAGAACGGCAGCCAGGAUGGUGCACAGGGGGAAACCAUCCGUCUGUCUCCCAGGAAAGAGCUCCGUCCUUCAGCUCCAAGACCUUGGAGAGGUGAUGCUGCUCCAGAUCGCAGCGAGAAAGCACAGUCAGUCACUGACGCGAAACAGUCGGAGGAAGAACAGGUGAAGAACCAGAUGGAUGAACAGAAGGCAGAGAGAGGACCAACAGUUGGAGGAACUACCAACAAGGAACUACUUUUCACAGCAGAGUCUUCCUCUGCUACUAGAAUGAGGAAUUCACCUGACAAGACGCUUCCUGUCAUGGAGAGACCUCCUGAUCCACCCAGAAAGGAGACCGUCCUGCGCACACAGAGACUGUCCUGCACGCACAGAGACCUUCUUGCGCGCAAGGAGACCGUCCUGCUCACACAGAGACCGUCCUGCACGUCCAGAGACCAUCCUGCGCGCACGAAGACCGUUCUGCACGCACAGAGACCGUCCUGCGCGUCCAGAGACCAUCCUGCGCGCACGAAGACCGUUCUGCACGCACAGAGACCGUCCUGCGCGCACAGAGACCUUCCUACGUGCACGAAGACCAGACCGUCCUGCGCGUCCAGAGACCAUCCUGCGCGCACGAAGACCGUUCUGCACGCACAGAGACCGUCCUGCGCGCACAGAGACCUUCCUACGUGCAAGGAGACCGUCCUGCAUGCACAGACACUGUCCUGUGCACCCAGAGACCGUCCUGCGCACCCAGAGACCAUCAUGCGCGCACAAAGACUGUUCUGCACGCACAGAGAUCGUCCUGCGCGCCCAGAGACCGUCCUGCACGCACAGAGACCGUCCUGCCCGCACAGAGACCAUCCUACGUGCCCAAAAACCGUGCUGUGCACACAGAGACUGUCCUGCGCGCCCAGAGACCAUCCUGCGCGCACGAAGACUGUCCUGCACGCACAGAGACCGUCCUGCGUGCCCAGAGACCGUCCUGCACGCACAGAGAACGUCCUGCGCGCACAGAGACCGUCCUACGUGCCCAAAAACCGUCCUGCUCACACAGAGAUUGUCCUGCGCGCACGAAGACCGUCCUGCGCGCCCAGAGACCGUCCUGCGCGCACAGAGACCGUCCUGCGCGCCCAGAGACCGUCCUGCGCGCACAGAGACCGUCCUGCGCGCCCAGAGACCGUUCUGCGCGCACAGAGACCGUCCUGCGCGCACAGAGACCGUCCUGCAUGCACAGAGACCGUCCUGCGCGCCCAGAGACCUCCUGCACGCACAGAGACCGUCCUGCGCGCCCAGAGACCGUCCUGCGCGCCCAGAGACCGUCCUGCACGCACAGAGACCGUACUGCACGCACAGAGAUCUUCCUGCACGUACAAAGACCGUCCUACGCGCCCAGAGACCGUCCUGCACGCACAGAGACCAGACCGUCCUGCGCGCACAGAGACCGUCCUGCACGCACAGAGACCGUCCUGCGCGCCCAGAGACCGUCCUGCGCGCACAGAGACCGUCCUGCACGCACAGAGACCGUCCUGCACGCACAGAGACCGUCCUGCGCGCCCAGAGACCGUCCUGCGCGCCCAGAGACCGUCCUGCACGCACAGAGACCGUACUGCACGCACAGAGAUCUUCCUGCACGUACAAAGACCGUCCUACGCGCCCAGAGACCGUCGUGGGAGCACAGAGACCAUCCUGCGCACACGGAUACUGUCCUGGAAGAGCUUGGCCACAUCAGGACGCUCAGAUGUCUGUCUCUCGUUUUUCAACUUCUGGGGGUGA